AUGUCGACAACAAGUAUGGUUAUUGAUGGCAUAGAACCUACAAUCGACGAGGGACUUUACUCCCGUCAACUCUAUGUACUGGGCCAUGACGCUAUGAAAAAAAUGAGUUCUUCCAACGUCCUCAUUGUUGGUUUGAAAGGUCUUGGUGUAGAGAUAGCUAAGAACAUCGUAUUGGCUGGUGUAAAGAGUGUGACUUUGUAUGAUCCAGAACCUGUGAAGAUUUCCGACUUGUCAACGCAGUUUUUCCUCAGAGAAGACGACAUUGGUAGGCCGAGAGCAGCGACGACCGCUCCGCGGUUGGCCGAGUUGAAUCAAUAUGUUCCCGUAUCUGUGCUCGAAGAUGAGCUUACACCAAAUAACCUCCACAGCUUUCAGGUUGUUGUUUUGACAGAUACCCCGUUAAAGAAACAAUUAGAAAUCAAUGACUACACUCAUGCAAACGGGAUACAUUUUAUUGCCACCGACGUUCGUGGCCUCUUUGGUGUUGUAUUCAACGAUUUCGGACCGGAAUUCAAUGUGAACGACGCCACUGGAGAGAACCCACUUCACGGGAUGAUAGCUGCUAUUUCCAAAGAAGCUGACGGUAUAGUAACCUGCCUUGACGAGACGCGACACGGUCUGGAAGAUGGCACCUACGUUACGUUUUCUGAAAUCAAGGGGAUGGUAGAGCUGAACGAAUGCGAACCAAAAAAAGUUAAAGUCCUUGGUCCAUAUACAUUCAGUAUUGGUGUUGACACGUCGAACUUUGGAGAUUACAUCGAUGGCGGUGUCUUUACUGAAGUCAAGAUGCCAAAACGGAUCGAUUUUAAAUCAUUAAGAGAAUCACUGGAAAACCCAGAAUAUCUCAUUUCUGACUUUGCUAAAUUUGAUCGGCCAGCACAACUGCACGUAGGGUUUCAGGCUCUUCAUAAAUUCGCUGAUAUUCAUGGCCGUCUUCCACGCCCACACAAUGAAGCCGACGCUGAUGAGGUUUACCAAAUAACGAAAUCCAUUAACAAUGUUCGGGAGGAUAGAGUGGAAAUCGAGGGAAAGCUGAUUAAGGAACUUGCAUAUGGUGCAACUGGUGACCUGUCUCCGAUGGUCGCUGUAUUUGGAGGAUUAGUCGCACAAGAGGUCUUGAAAGCAUGCAGCGGGAAAUUUCAUCCAAUACAUCAAUACAUGUACUUCGAUUCUCUAGAAUCAUUGCCCAAUGAUAUUAUCCUUACCGAGGAAUCCUGUCGUCCUAUAGGAAGCCGUUAUGACGGCCAAAUAGCAGUUUUUGGUAGAGAAUUCCAUAACAAGAUUACAAACUUCCGCGAAUUUUUGGUCGGCGCUGGCGCAAUUGGAUGUGAAAUGUUGAAGAAUUGGGCAAUGAUGGGGUUAGGUGCAGGACCUCGUGGUAUCAUUCAUGUUACGGAUAUGGACUCGAUUGAAAAGAGUAACUUGAAUCGACAGUUUUUAUUCCGUCCUAAUGAUGUUGGCAACUUAAAAUCAGAGACUGCGGCGAGGGUGAUUACAACGAUGAACCCAGACAUGACCAACAAAGUUGUUGCACAUCAGGACCGAGUAGGAGCGGAGACCGAGAAUGUCUAUAACGACAAAUUUUUCGAAGAACUUGACGGAGUUACUAACGCCUUGGACAACGUUGAUGCUCGUAAAUACAUGGACCGCCGCUGUGUGUACUUUAAAAAACCUCUUCUUGAAUCCGGAACGCUUGGUACAAAAGGCAACACCCAAGUAGUUAUCCCACAUUUAACAGAAUCCUACUCCUCAUCCCAUGAUCCGCCGGAGAAAUCCUUCCCAAGCUGCACACUCAAAAACUUUCCCAAUGCCAUUGAGCACACUAUCCAGUGGGCUCGUGACUUGUUUGAAGGACUCUUUCGUAUACCUGCAGAGAAUGCAAAUUUGUAUUUAAGCGAGCCAAACUUUGUUGAACAGACGUUAAAACAAGGUGCGAGUGCUAAAGAAAUUUUAGAGAGCGUGAAGACCUCUUUGGUUACAGCCAAGCCGUCACGUUUCGAAGAGUGUAUAUACUGGGCUCGUUUGCGAUUUGAAGAGUAUUUUAAUAAUAAUAUUCAGCAGCUUUUGUUCAACUUCCCAAGGGAUUCGGUUACAUCUUCGGGAACUUUAUUCUGGUCAGGCCCAAAGAGAGCGCCUGAUCCUUUGGUCUUCGACUAUAAUGAUGACACACACUUAGACUAUAUUAUCGCAGCCGCCAAUCUUCAUGCAUUUAAUUAUAAUAUCAAAGGUGAAACCGACAAGGAUUACUUCAAGGCAAUUUUGAGUAAAAUCAAAGUUCCAGAGUUCAAACCCAAAUCUGGUAUAAAAAUUCAAGUACAAGAAAAUGAACCGUUGGCACCAGAAACAACAGAUGAAAAAGAAGUCCAGGAAAUUGUCAAU